UGUUUCAUGCAGUUCAGGAGAAGACUACUGAAAGCCGCACACAGCCAUGCCUUAAGGACUUCUACGCUUAUUCUUCAUCCCAGUGACCAGGACAUCGUAAGGAUGAUUCAAUGGAAGAGCCUCUCCAUCCAGCUGACAGUCCUGCUCCUACUUCUUGACCAGAAUUCCUGUGCGGACACAGAUCCAGAUGCAGGGAAGACCCCAGAUGGAGCAUCUACUUUGGCGUUUGUUUUCGACGUCACCGGAUCCAUGUACGACGACCUGGUCCAAGUGAUAGAAGGAGCCUCAAAGAUUUUGGAGACGUCUUUAAGCAGACCGAAGAAACCUCUGUAUAACUUUGCCUUGGUGCCGUUCCAUGAUCCAGAAAUUGGCCCGGUCACAAUCACUACUGAUCCAGAAACAUUUAAGAAUGAACUUAAAGAAUUAUAUGUACAGGGUGGUGGUGACUGCCCAGAGAUGAGUAUUGGAGCUAUUAAAAUUGCCCUGGAGAUAUCUCUACCUGAAUCUUUCAUCUAUGUAUUUACUGAUGCAAGAUCGAAGGAUUACCAGCUCGCCAAUGACGUCCUACAACUGAUACAACAGAAGCAGUCACAAGUUGUGUUUGUGUUGACGGGAGACUGUGAUGACAGAAGCCAUGUGGGUUACAAGGUAUAUGAAGAAAUUGCUUCUACAAGCUCUGGCCAAGUAUUUCACCUGGAUAAGAAGCAGGUCAAUGAGGUCUUAAAGUGGGUAGAGGAAGCCGUUCAAGCCUCAAAGGUUCAUCUUGUGUCCACCGACCACUUGAGUGGUGCACUACUUACCUGGGAGAUUCCAUUUGAUCCAAGUCUUAGGGAAGUGACUGUGUCGCUGAGUGGACCUUCUCCAGAUAUUGAACUCUAUGAUCCACUUGGGAAGCAGAUAAAACCAGAAUCAGGUCUGAAUGAAUUAUUAAAUAUAUUCAAUUCUGCCAAAGUGUUAAAUGUCAAAGAACCGGUGCCGGGUACUUGGAAUAUAAAGACAUCAAGUAAUGGACGCCAUUCGGUGAGAAUCACUGGAGUUAGUACGAUAGAUUUCAGAGCGGGAUUUUCUAACAAGCCCACCUUAGAUUUCAGUAGAACAUCCAGCAGACCCAUACAAGGGAUUCCCACCUAUGUUCUCUUAAACGUAACUGGCCUCCAGCAUCCAGCAAGAAUUGACCGUGUUGAGCUAUUAACCACCUCAGGACUUCUUCUGAAGACAAUUUCCAUCAAAUAUUAUCCUGACAGAAUACCCUAUGAGAUAUGGAACAUCACUGAGUUUAUUCCACCCACAGAACCGUUUUUUCUAAGAAUAUCCGGUUACGAUAAGGAUGACUACCUGUUUCAGAGAGCUUCAAGCGUUUCGUUUUCUAAUAUUGUGCCAGGACCUCCGAAGGCAUCCAUACCUCAAGUUACACCUGGCUACUAUCUACAACCUGGUCGCAUUCUAUGCUACGUGGAAAGUCUUAUACCUAUAUCCGUGCAUUUUAGAAAGAACGGCAUCAGACUUGGUAUAGAACAAAUAUUCCAAGAGUCUGUAGAAGCCGCCUGGGAAAUCGCGAAUGUGUCUUCCCGAGAUGAGGGCUACUAUGAAUGUUUUGCUGUAAGCACCGCGGGAAGUGCACGAGCUCAGACAUUUCUAGAUGUUAAUGAACCUCCUCCUGUGCUGAAAGCUUCAAACAACAUCACCACAAACCUUGGGGAAGACGCUAUAUUAAUAUGUCAGGUUGUGAGCAGUGUCCGGUACAAUUUAACCUGGUGGAGAAAAAAACUCAGACUGGCCAAUGCUCCUGGGAUUCACAUUCUAAGCGACAACUCUCUAAAGAUCACACAUGUAAACAUCAGUGACACUGGAGAAUAUGUCUGUUCUGCAUCCAAUGAAGGUGGAACAACUGCGGUCACCUCAUUUCUUACUGUGCAAGAUCCUCCAAAAGUUGUUGUUGAUCCAAAAAAUUCAACAUUCACCAAAGGAUCUGGUAUAAAAUUAAAAUGCAUCGCAACAGGUUAUCCUGCCCCUCAGAUAGUCUGGACCCACAAUGACAUGUUUGUCAGAUUCUCUACAAGAUAUAUAUUAACACAAGAUGGGACCUUCUUUAUAAAAAAUGCCAUGGAGAAAGACUCUGGAGUUUAUACAUGUCUAGCAGCGAAUGCCGCCGGCACGGAUAGGCAGUCAUCAGUUCUCAUCUACAUUGAGGCGCCAAUUGUGACAGUCCCCAAAAAAGAACUGAUGGCUGAGGCUCAUACAGAAACUACUAUGGAAUGUAAGACGACUGGAAUCCCAAAGCCCCUCGUGCACUGGUUUAAAGAUGAUUUACAGUUAAAUCCAUCAUCACUAUUCUCUAUUGAGAACCAUCUUGGAACUUUAACAAUUAAAAAUACAAAGUUUUCGGAUGCCGGAGACUACACCUGUGUGGCAACCAAUGAAGCCGGAAAAGCAAGUGGAGAAGUUUCCCUGAGUGUGGGCUCUGCACCAGUGUUCACAGAGACUCCAGAUGAUAUAGCCGUGGAUAUAGGGUCAGACGUGACAUUGUCCUGCGCUGCCAAAGGAAUCCCAGAACCAAGAAUACAAUGGAGGAAACUAAAUAGCACAUCAACGAAGCCACUACUAUAUAACCUGAAAACCGGCACAAUGCAGAUCAACAAUCUUUGGGUAGGGGAUGAUGGAACCUAUGUCUGUGAAGCGGAAAAUCAUUUUGGGAAAGUUCGGGCACAAGUCACAGUUACGUUGACUGGAUUAGUCACUCCUGUAAUUGGAGAGAGUCCUCACGUGGUGAAUGUUAUAGAAGGAAACCAGAUCACUCUACCGUGUGUGCUCCUAGCUGGAAACCCACUUCCGGUCAGACAGUGGCUUAAAAACAACAUAGUGGUGAUUUCAAACCCAUAUGUUAGCGUCCGGACAGAUGGAAGUCUUCAUUUGGAAAGUGUGCACUUGAAGGAUGAUGGAGAAUAUGCAUGUAUAGCGACAAAUGUUGUUGGCACAAGUAAACGAUUGACAACCAUUAAUGUAUAUGUUAGCCCAAUCAUUCAGCACGGACCCCAGAUUUUUAGUACAAUAGAAGGAAACGCGAUAUCAUUACCGUGUAAAGCCAGUGGAGUCCCCAAGCCAUCCAUUAUUUGGAAAAAGAAAGGAGAGACAAUCAUUCCGAACAACUAUUCUGUCAUCCUUGAACCAGACGGAAGUUUGUUUUUGGCUGCCCCGGGGGGAGAAGAUUCUGCAGAAUAUACUUGUACUGCAGUGAAUGCUGCAGGUUAUGCAGCCCGUAAAGUCCAGCUCACGGUUUAUGUAAAGCCGCGAAUUGUGAAUCCGGAUAUAACAGGAGAUUCUAAAAGUCAAAGUGAGAUAUCAGUAAAAGCAGGAGAUAAUGUGAUCCUACCUUGUGAAGUAAAAAGUGUUCCCCCGCCAUUCAUAACAUGGGCAAAGGAGACGCAGCUCAUUUCACCAUUUUCCCAGAGACACAAUAUCCUUCCAUCAGGUUCAAUGAAGAUAUUUGACACUAGAGUUACAGACACAGGGAUAUAUACUUGUGUAGCCACAAAUAUAGCGGGAAAUGUAACACAGUCUGUAAAGCUCAAUGUUUAUGUUCCACCAAAAAUCCACCGAGGUCCUAAAGUCAUAAGAACAAAUGUUCAUCAAAGCUUUGAGAUUAUCUGCGCCAGCAAUGGCAUACCGCUACCCAAAACAACCUGGUUAAAGGAUGGAAGACUCUUAGAGCUGAAUGAAGGACAAUUGGAUACCACAUUCAAAGUGAAGAGCGCAGAGCUUUCUGAUGCAGGACUGUAUACCUGCAUUGCCAGUAAUGUCAUCGGCCAAGACGAUGCAAAUGUAACUGUCGAGAUUCGAGCACCUCCUACUUUAUCCAUCCUGGAACCUCCUUAUGACAAAACCAACGAGGAAAGACUUGCCAACCAACUGGUAGCAUUUCCUUGUCCGGCAAAAGGUACACCAAAACCGGUGAUCAAAUGGUUACACAAUAACAAAGAAUUAACAGGAACAGAACCUGGCAUCAACAUUACAAAGGAUGGGACGUUGCUCAUCAUCAAUUCCUUGACACCGCAUGACAAUGGAGAGUACAAGUGUGUGGCAACAAAUGAAGCAGGGAUGACGGAAAAGAAAUACAACUUAAAAGUCCAUGUUCCCCCGGUUAUUAAAGACAAGGAUAAACUAACAAAUAUCUCCAUUUUGUUGAACCAUGAUGUCAGCCUAUAUUGUGAUGCUACCGGAAGCCCACCACCACUCAUCACAUGGUACAAUGGAACCACCCAGGUUAUUGGAAGCAAUAAUGUUCUCAUACUUGAAAAAGGAAAAAUUAUGACGAUUUUAAAGACUACUGAAUCAGGGUUCUUCACCUGCACAGCUAGUAACAUUGCGGGGAGCUCUGAGAGGCACUUCUUUGUCAACGUUCUUGAUCCUCCUGAAAUUGCCGGCAGUGGAAGCAUUACUGAUAUUUCUGUAAUAGAUGGAAAUGGAGCUAAACUGGAGUGUACAGUGAAAGGAAAACCAUUCCCUGUCAUCCAAUGGUUCAAAGAAAACAGAUUACUUGUGGGAGACCCUAAUAUGAUGAUUUUGGAAAAUGGACAAGUUCUUUACAUAAAAAAUGCUCAUCUGAGUGACAAUGGAUAUUACAAAUGUGUAGCAUCUAAUCCUGCUGGCUCCCAGACUAAAGAGAGUAAAUUAACUGUGUUCGUUCCACCCAGCAUUAAGGAUGGAAACACCACCAGCGAGUUAUCAUUUCUGGUGAAUAGUGAGAUCAGCUUGGAAUGUGAUGCCUGGGGGAUCCCACACCCUACAAUUACAUGGUAUAAAGAAGGGGAAACAAUUCUUUCCAGUACUCGUGUCAUUUUUAUUGAGAAUGGCAAAUAUCUACAAAUUUCUGAAGCCAAGACUACAGAUUCUGGAAAAUUCACGUGUCAUGUGGCGAAUGUUGCCGGGAAAGCAGAGAAGGCGUAUGUGCUGGAUAUUUAUGUUCCAGCUACAAUUGAUGGAGAUCUGAGCAGCCUGCAAGCCAAAAAAGUGAUCACCGGUGAGCCCCUUAUCCUGGAGUGUGAAGCCCGCGGCCAUCCAUUACCACUCAUCACCUGGCUGAAAGAAGGAGUGCCGGUGGAGACCAGCGACAACAUCCGUCUUCUGUACAAUGGCAAGAAGCUGGAGAUUAAAAAUACCGGGGAGCAGAACCAAGGACAGUAUACGUGUGUGGCUACCAAUAUAGCCGGAGAGACUGAAAUCAAAUAUGAUGUUCUUGUUUUAGUCCCGCCAACCAUAGAAGAUACAGACGACCCGGGAGAUUACGUUGUUAUUGCCAGUAACCCUAUUGAACUGGAAUGUUACGUUACAGGAACUCCCACACCUACAGUGAGGUGGCUGAAAAAUGGAAUCCCUCUUGACGUUGAUGGUGAGGCACAUCUUCAGGCAAAUGGGCAAAAACUUGUUAUUCUUGAAUCAGAGUCUUCCGACAGUGGAUCGUAUGAGUGCAUUGGGAAGAAUGAAGCUGGGACCAGCACAAAGCUGUUUAACGUCAAUGUGCACGUUCACCCGUCCAUUAAACCUGAGAAAUCACCAAUAUCUGUUUUAAUGCUGAAAUCUGUAACGUUACAAUGUAUUGCUACUGGAAUUCCUAGUCCUCACAUUACCUGGUUAAAAGAUGGGCUGCCUAAUAACAUCGCCAAAGGAAAUAUCAGAGUGGAAUCUUUCGGACGCAUUUUACAGUUCAAAACCACAGGACUAGAAGACGAUGGAAAAUACACGUGUGUGGCUACGAAUGCAGCUGGAGAAGCUGAGCAGAGCAUAGUGCUGAAUGUUUAUGAACCACCAAAAAUCGAGCAUUCCGGGGACAUUGUCUAUGAGACUGUGAUCGCUGCUCAACCUGUGACUCUAGAAUGUAAGGCUUCUGGAAAACCUAAACCAGCUGUCACCUGGUCAAAAGAUAACCACCCUUUAAUUGCCACCGGAGAACCAUCCAUCACUAUCCUGGACAGAGGGCAGACACUACAUAUACCAAGUGCACAACCAUUCGAUGCGGGGGUUUACAAGUGUGUAGCCAGCAGCAUAGCAGGAUCUGCAGAUCUGACAUAUGUUCUGCAGGUACAUGUCCCUCCAUCCAUUCUUGGUUCUAAUGAAGUUAAAAGUGUGAUCAUCAAUAAUCCCGUGAGACUAGAAUGUGAAGCUGCAGGAUUUCCGACACCUGGUCUAACAUGGCUGAAAGAUGGCAGACCAGUGUCCAGCUUCUCUGGUGGAAUUCAGAUUUCUUCGGGUGGCAGGGUCCUCACAUUAACAAAUGCACAAGUUGGAGAUUCGGGGAAAUAUACGUGUGUGGCGCUAAAUGCUGCUGGAGAACAACAAAAGGAUUUUGACUUAUCUGUGUUUGUGCCUCCCAACAUCAUGGGUGAAGAGCAAAAUGUAUCAGUCAUGGUGAAUGACACACUGGUGCUAAAAUGUGAAAGCAACGCAGUCCCCCCGCCUGUGCUGACCUGGUACAAAGACUGGAGGCCUCUGCUAACCAAAGCUGGUGUGAACAUUUAUAAUGAUGGGAGCGUUCUACAAAUUGAAGAUGCUCAAGUAAAAGACGCUGGGCGAUAUUCUUGUGAGGCUGUCAAUGUCGCAGGAAAGACUGAAAAAAACUAUAAUGUGAAUAUUUUGGUGCCCCCGAAGAUCAAAGGUUCAGCUGAAGGAAGUGUUGUCACCGUUUUUGAAGGAUCGCUAAUAAGCCUUGUGUGCGAUUCCAGCGGCAUUCCCGCUCCUGCACUUACCUGGACAAAAAAUGGUCUUCCACUGAAUCCAGAGGAGUCAGGUCGUGUCCGCCAUCUAUCUGGGGGUCGCCACCUCCAGAUUUCAGUCUCCAUGAAGAUGGAUGAAGCAGCGUACACUUGCACUGCCAUGAACACAGCAGGAACAGUGAGAAAGAAUUAUAAUGUGACAGUCUAUGUUCGCCCUACUAUAUCUGAAAAUGGAAAAGUUCCUAUUGAAAUUGCAAAAAUCCAAGGAAGUAAUGUCACUCUUGAAUGUGACUCUAUUGGAGAUCCGGUGCCAGUGUUGACCUGGCUGAGAGAAGGCACUCCUCUGCUUAAGGGUGAAGGGUUCACACUCCUCAACAAUGGAAGACGACUUCAUGUAGAAAACAUUGAGCUCUCACACUCCGGUCACUAUGUGUGCGUUGCGGUGAAUGUGGCCGGACAAGCUGAUAAGAAAUACACCCUGAAGGUGCUUGUCCCCCCAGCUUUCUCUGGACAAUUUCAGGAAUAUGAAAAUAUAAGUGUUGUGGAAAAAAAUCCAGUUACUCUUACAUGUGAAGUUUCAGGCAUUCCUCCACCUAAAAUAACAUGGUUCAAAGAUGACCAUCCUAUUACUUCUCACCAGACUCCCCAAGUAAUGUCAGGUGGGAUGAUCCUGCGCUUUUUACACGCUGCACUUUCCGAUGCUGGACGAUACCGCUGUGUGGUUUCCAAUGCUGCUGGAGAGAAAAGGAAAAACUUUCAACUAAAUGUCCUAGUGCCUCCGAGAUUUACUGGGAAUACUAUGGAAGAUGUAAAGGUAAAAGAGAACAGUGAUGUGACCCUUUCAUGUGAAGUAACAGGAAAUCCUGCCCCGCAGCUGACAUGGGUAAAGGAUGGGGAACCUUUGCAUUCGGACAGUCAUCAUAGACUGGGACAUGGAGGACAGACGUUUCAUGUUCAUGGCGCAGCGGUCUCGGAUGCGGGAACGUACGUUUGCAUUGCUUCCAAUUCAGCAGGCGACAAAAGCAGAAGGUUUAGCCUCAGCGUAAUGGUUUCUCCAACAAUCUUUGGUGCAAAAUCUAAAGACUCCCCUGAGGAACUAUCCGUGAUUCUCCGCAGCUCAGUGUCACUAUCCUGUGAUGUUAAUUCCCAUCCUCCGGCCUCCAUUACUUGGUAUAAAGAUGGGUUUCAAGUUCACUCAAAGGAUAAUAUCAGAAUUCUUCCAGGUGGACGUACUCUGCAGAUUCUAAAGGCUCAAGAAGACCACUCUGGAAGCUACAACUGCAUUGCGUCCAAUGAGGCAGGAGAAGAUGAACAUCACUACCUGCUAAGCGUCUAUGUCCCACCACAAAUCAGGAAAGAUGACCUUGGUAAAGUUGGAACAUUUUCCAAGCAGGUGAAAGUUAAAGUUAAUACAAACUUUACUCUGGAAUGUGAAGUGAAGGCGUUCCCAAUGGCCACUGUCACAUGGUACAAAGAUGGGCAGCCACUUGUUCCUGAGAGUCCUGUGCAAAUUGAUGGGUAUAAACUCCAUGUAGAUGAAGCAGAGCUGUCAGACACCGGGCGCUAUACCUGUGUGGCCUCUAACAUUGCUGGCGAAGAUGAAAAGGACUUUGAUGUCAUUGUACAAGUUCCACCAACAUUUACAAAGUUAGCCGGACUUCUGCUGAAUGGCGACAGCAACGUUGUGUCAAGGAACGGAGAUAACAAAGAUGUGAUCAUCAACAACCCGCUGUCCUUGUAUUGUGAGACAAAUGCGGUGCCUCCGCCCAGUAUUACAUGGUAUAAGGAUGGUAAUCUGCUGAGCUCCAAUGAUAAGGUGUUCAUAUUACCAGGGGGACACAGUUUACAGAUUGCAAGGGCUCUUUUGGAGGACGCUGGAUUAUACACUUGUGUUGCUGUCAAUGAGGCAGGAGAAGAUUCCUUACAUUACAAUAUUCGGGUCCUAUUGCCUCCGACUUUCGAAGGGAUUACCGAAAAUUUGUCAGAGGAAAUUACGUCCGUGGCGAAUAACACUGUACUGCUGAAUUGUACCGUGAAAAGUCAUCCCGCUCCCACAGUCACCUGGCAGAAAGAUGGGAAAGUCAUCGAGGAAGGAAACCGCUAUGAGAUUUUAUCUGCUGGAAGAUACUUACAGAUAAGAAAUGCACAACUAUUGGAUACUGGUCGAUACGUGUGCGUUGUUGAGAAUAUGGCAGGAAGUGCUGAGAAAACAUUUAACCUUAAUGUUAACGUUCCCCCAAGGAUCAUAGGCAGCGUCUAUGAAAACGUCACCAUUGUAGAAGAUAAUUUCAUUUCUCUGACAUGUGAAGUGACUGGGUUUCCUUUGCCUUUACUAAGUUGGCUGAAGGAUGGAGUCGUUCUUAGGCCGAGCAAGCAUCUCUUUAUUGUGCCAGGGGGCAGGAUUUUGCAGAUCCAUCAGACCAAGCUGGCAGAUGCUGGAGAAUACAUAUGUGUUGCCAAUAAUCAAGCUGGAGAAGCCAAGAAAACAUUCUCUCUUAAUGUGUAUGUGCCUCCUACCAUUGUCAGUGACAGUAGAGAUUCCAGUACUCAGGUUAAUAUAGGCAUUUCUACAUCUACAUCCUUGGUGUGUAAAUCCGAUGGAAUCCCGACACCUGUCAUAAGCUGGUAUAAGAAUGGCCAAAUGAUCGCUGAAUCAACUAAUGUUGAGAUCCUGGAGACUGGGCAAUUACUGAACAUUGACAAUGCUCAGGUAUCUGAUACAGGAGAAUAUGAAUGUAUCGCAUCAAAUGUUGUUGGUCAAGACAGAAAGAAAUUUUUCCUGACCAUUCAUGUGCCUCCAAGAAUACAGGGACCACCAGUGGAGCAUCAAACUGGAACCAUUAAAACCCCAGUUGCAUUUUCAUGUGAUGCUUAUGGGAUUCCAACACCAACGUUAAUCUGGCUUAAGGAUGGGAGUCAGAUAAAUCCUUCGGAUUAUUUGGACAUUCACUUUCUUGCUGGUGGAAGUAAAAUAAAGAUGGAUAGAGCUCAGCUCUCCAACAAUGGAAAUUACACAUGUAUCGCAACCAACGUUGAAGGCAGAGCCCAGAAAGACUACAUUCUCACUAUCCAAGUGCCCCCGAGCAUCACUGGCUCCGGGAUGGCGAAUGAGAUCAACACGUUACUGGCAGAAGACAUACAGCUGGUGUGUGAAGCCAGCGGAAUUCCUCAACCCGUCAUUUAUUGGUUAAAGGACGGCAAAAGUAUAAACAGUGACCAUCGCCUUGGAAUCACCAAAUCCUUGAAUGGAAAAAUAUUAUCCAUCCUAAACGUCCAAACAGCUGAUAUGGGGAAAUACACGUGUGUGGCCACGAAUGAUGUCGGAGAAGAUGACAGAAUAUUUACGGUGAAUGUACAUGUCCCUCCCAAAAUCCGGAAUAACCAGGGGACACCAUCCAGGCUGACUGCAGUUUUGGGCACCUCCAUAAACAUUGAAUGCCUUGUAACCGGAGUCCCCACACCUCAGAUCAACUGGCUGAAGAAUGGUCUACCGCUGCCUGUAUCUUCCCAAGUCCGACUUCUUUCUUCAGGACAAGUGUUGAGGAUUUCAAGAAUACAAAAGUCAGAUGAAGGAGCCUAUACUUGUGUUUCUUCAAAUCGGGCAGGAGUGGACAAAAAACAUUACAAUUUACAGGUCUAUGUAUCUCCGACCAUGGACGAUGCCGACAAGACUGAGCAGCUGACAACAGUAAGAGGUAACCCCACAACAAUGUCAUGCCUAGUCAGUGGGCAACCUGCGCCACGUAUAACAUGGCUCAAGGAUGGAAAGCCUGUAGACCAUGGCGAGAGUGGAGGAAUGAUCCUGCAGAUUCUUCAUACUGAAAUGAGUGACAUUGGAAGAUAUUCAUGUGUGGCCUCCAAUGAAGCAGGGAGCAUCAGCAAACACUUUAUCCUCAAUGUUCUGGAACCUCCCCACAUCAAUGGGUCAGAAAACACAGAUGAAUUGUCCGUGGUUAUUAACCACCAGUUAGAUCUGCAUUGCCGUACAAUGGGUUUCCCACUCCCAGUGAUAACUUGGCUUAAAGAUGGACAAGCCCUUUCACAGACUGACAGUGUGCACUUCAUGAAUGCUGGACAGAUUCUUCGAAUUACAAGUGCGCAGGAGGAACACAUUGGACUUUAUAGCUGUCUGCUUUCAAACCAAGCUGGAGAAGCUAAAAAAGAAUUCUCUGUAACUGUUCACAUGCCUCCGAACAUCGCAGGUGUUAAUGGAAUUCAUAACAUUACUGUGCUGCAAAGCAAGAAAGUCCUUCUGGAAUGUAAAUCUGAUGCUUUGCCAUCUCCAGAAAUCACAUGGAUGAGGGAUGAAAAGCCAUUAAUGUCUAGCUUCCGAGUGUCUGUUUCAUCAGAUGGACAAUAUGUGCAAAUUGACAAUGCAGAGGUGACCGACGCCGGACGAUAUACCUGUGUUGCUAGCAAUGUUGCUGGAAGAAACACCAGAGAAUUUAUGCUGAAUGUCCAUGUUCCUCCUUCAAUAAAAGAUGGCCGUACGCUAGUAACUACUUUGAUCAAUAGACCCGCUACUUUGGAUUGUACUGCUACCGGCAUUCCUUCACCUCGAAUAUCAUGGAGGAAAGAUGGUUCUAUUUUGGAUGGAAACAGUGAAAGGUAUUUCGUUUCAGGAUCUGGUUCACUGUACUUUCCAUUAACAGAUAUCACAGACUCUGGUCAUUACGUCUGCUUAGCAACUAAUGCAGCAGGAUCGAGCCAGAGGAAAAUUGAACUUAUGGUUUACGAUCCUCCGUCUAUAAUACCUGGUCUGAAAAACAUUACAGCGGUGAUAAAUAAGCAAACAACAUUAAGCUGUGACGUUACAGGCACACCUAAACCAAGGGUGGAAUGGAAGAAAAAUGGACAACUACUCAAUACAGAUAUCAACCAGAAUAUUUAUAGACUUCUAUCUUCGGGAUCACUCAUAAUAAUUUCUCCAAGUGUAGAUGAUACUGGAAUGUAUAUAUGUUAUGUUUCCAAUGAUGCUGGUCAUGAUGAAAUUGAGGUUUCUUUAACAGUAUUGGUGCCUCCUUCCAUUGCUGAUGAAGUUACAAAUAUAUAUGUUAGUAAAUCUUCAUCCGCAAUACUUCCCUGUACCGUAUAUGGUGUUCCACAUCCAGCGGUCCAUUGGUCAAAGGAUGGAAAACCUCUCCCUGCUGUAGGAGAGCGCUACAAGACACUCGCUUCUGGAAGCAUCGAAAUAGCGCAUGCAGAUCUAAGUCAUGCUGGAACAUAUACUUGUAAGGUGGUUAAUGAGGUUGGCUCCGCACAGAUCCACAUAAAUCUCCAUGUUCAAGAGGUUCCUGUCAUUCAAAGUCAUGUGGAUCAUCUGGAAGCUGUUGUGGACCAUUCUGUUACUCUUUUAUGUGAAGCCACCGGAACGCCCUCACCCACCUUAACAUGGCAGAAAGAAGGUGUCGCUAUUAAAACAGGAAAUCAUUACACAAUUUUUCCUAAUGGAAGCCUUAAAAUAGGUAAAGUGAGACAAGAAGAUGCUGGUACUUACACUUGUAUUGCUCAAAACCCAGCUGGUACAGCUCUUGGGAGGAUCAGACUCAAAAUAUAUGAUCCACCAGCAAUAAAGCCGCAUCGGAAAGAGUACACCGUCUCUGUGGAUGAAUCGGUCACAAUGCUCUGUGAGACCUCUGGAAACCCCACACCUGAGAUCAGUUGGAAUAAAGACGGAGUGCCCCUUUCUGGACAGGGAAUAAUCAGCAAUGGUGCUCUGCAGAUAGCCUUUGUCCAGCCUGAUGAUGGCGGCCUAUACACCUGUGUAGCGGAAAACAUAGCUGGCUCUGUCAGUACUGACAUGACCCUAUCUGUUUUGAUCCCACCCAAGAUUAUCAAAAAUGCUAAAGACUUUGUCGUGACGCAUGGUUUCCAAGUGACCAUCCCCUGUGCGUCAUAUGGAAUUCCAACUCCAACAAUAUCCUGGAAAAAGAACAAUGUACCCAUAAUAGAAACCACUGGAAAAUAUGAGGUGAUGACAUCCGGGGAAUUUGUCUUGCAGAAUGCUGAGCAUGAAGAUGCCGGGAAUUAUACAUGUACCGCUAUUAAUGUUGCUGGAAAAGAUUCAAAUACCAUAAAUCUGGUCAUUCACUACUCUCCGACUUUCACUGAACUACCCUCUAACGUUUCACUAAAUGAAGGAGAAAAGUUAAGGUUAUCGUGUAAAGCAACAGGAAACCCAUCCCCUAAAAUAUCAUGGGCUCAUCAGGAUAGAGUAAUAGCAGCACAACCUGGGCAAAAUAAACUUCUGACUGAUUUGGUCAUUGAAAGGAUUCUAAAAGAAGAAGAUGGUGCAUAUAUCUGCAUAGCAGAAAACACGGUGUCCUCCAUCAACUCUACAGCAUAUGUGUUUGUGAGAGAACCUCCGGUUCUUGUUGGGAUCCACCAUGUCAAUCAGACAGUGCCUUUGGGUGGCAGUAUUAUAUUAAAUUGUAUAGUAAAAGGAAAUCCUAUUCCUAAAAUUCAAUGGAACAAGAAAGGAAAUGAUAUUCUGUAUAAUAAACGGUUUAAGCAGUUCCAUAAUGGCUCUUUAGCGAUUUAUAAUACUACGAAUGAAGAUGUUGGUGAAUACACCUGCAUAGCUACAAAUGAUGCUGGUGUAUUAGAGCACACCAUUACAUUGUCCCUGCAAAAACCUCCCGUCAUAACAAUUUAUCCAAUAGACACUACAGUAAACGCCGGUACAACAGUGGUUCUGAAUUGUCAAGCAGAGGGUGAACCUGAACCUGACAUUGUCUGGUCUCGUAUGACCCGUCCCAUCUCUGGACAUAAUCGACUCACCAUAUUAUCAAAUGGCUCUCUACAAAUUGUGGCGGCUCACAAGGAGGAUACUUCUGUCUAUGAAUGCAAAGCUACAAAUAUCAUGGGAUCCACAGUUGUUAAAGCUUCUUUUACUGUAGAAGUGCAUGGUGGCUUUUCGGAUUGGCUACCCUGGCAGUCCUGUAGUGUCACUUGUGGCCAGGGAGUGCAGAAACGAAUGAGACUGUGUGACAACCCUGCCCCAGCAAAUGGUGGCCUGUACUGCCAAGGAGAAGAAUCAGAGAGCAGAAUCUGCCAAAAGAAGCCAUGUCCAGUGGAUGGAAGCUGGUCGGACUGGAGUCCUUGGGAAGAGUGUUCAAAAACAUGUGGAAGUGGUAAAAAAACAAGAACAAGGACAUGUCACAUUCCUCCAGGCCAAGAAGGAGGGAAGUCAUGUUUAGGAAAAGCUGUCGAUACUAUAGUGUGCAACACCGAGCCUUGUCCAGUUGAUGGUAAAUGGAGUUCCUGGCAGUCCUGGGGAGCGUGUAGCAAGACGUGUGGGAAAGGAACUCAGACCCGUAUGAGAGUGUGUAAUAAUCCUUCUCCGUCAUAUGGUGGAUCAUCCUGUGAGGGUCCAGAUACACAGACUCAGAUUUGCUCUGACAGACAUUGUCCAGUGGAUGGAAAAUGGUCAGCCUGGGGGAGCUGGACAUCCUGCAGUUUAUCAUGUGGAGGUGGACUUCGGCAAAGGUUUCGAGAAUGUUCAAAUCCCGCCCCAAAGUAUGGAGGUCACCAAUGUGAAGGGCUGGAGUAUGAAAAUGAAUUUUGUAAUGCGGACUUAUGUCCAGUUCAUGGAAACUGGGGAUCAUGGAGCUCUUGGGGAGCAUGUAGUCGUACCUGCAACGGAGGACAGAUGAGGAGAUAUCGGGCUUGUGAUAACCCAGCUCCUUCUAGCAGUGGCCGAGGCUGUACGGGGGCUGACACCGAAAUACACAAAUGUAACCCCAACAAGUGUCGUGUUGAUGGUAAUUGGGGUCCAUGGGAGGCAUGGAGUAAAUGCUCUGCUACAUGUGGUGGUGGGCAGCAGGUUCGGACCCGUGUGUGCAAACAUCUCAUGGAGUCUAACAGGGUUCGCUCCUGCCCAGGGGACUCCACGCAACUUCUGAAAUGUAACGUUCAAGCUUGUCAAGGUGGAGCUCAGUUUAUUAGGGGAACUCUAGCUGGAACCAUCAAUGACGUUGACUUUGGCACUUCCUUUCUCAAUGGCACAAUAAGCAGCUCCCCUGAUUCACAUAGUAGGACAAUAAAAGCACAAUAUAACAACAUCCCAAAAAGUCUGGGCCCAUCUAUGAGAAAUCUCGCCUCAAUUUUAAAUCCUAUAUAUUGGACAGUAGCAAGAGAGCUUGAGGAAGCGGUGAAUGGAUUUACGCUCACAGGUGGAGAAUUUAGAAGAGAAUCCCAAGUGGAGUUUGCAACAGGAGAAGUUUUGCGAAUCACUCAUACGGCCCGCGGACUUGAUGCUGAUGGCUUCCUUAUUUUGGACACUGUUGUGAAAGGAUAUAUUCUUCAGCUCCAAUCAUCUACUGACAUCAUGUUAAAAGAUUACACAGAAGACUAUGUCCAAACAGGUCUUGGACAGCUCUAUGCAUACUCAACAAGGAUGUUCUACUUGGAUGGAGUCAGUGUACCCUAUGCCUGGAACCACACGAUCAGCUAUGAUCCCAGCCAUGGCAAGAUGCCGGUCAUGGUGGAAGUUUUACGUGUAUCUUCUGUUAAAGCAGAUUAUGACCCUCUGGAAGAAACUCUUAGCUUUGAGAUGCAUGCUUCCAUCUCCAAAGAAGAUCUCGACAAUCAGUGUCCGUCUGGAUUUAAUUAUGAUGUCUCUGGACUCUACUGUGAAGAUGAUGAUGAAUGCGCCGUCCACAGCCCAUGCUCACAUGCAUGCCAUAAUAUUAUGGGAAGUUAUUACUGUUCAUGUCCGAAAGGCCUGAUGAGCUCGGCUGAUGGGAAGUCAUGCCAUGACAUUGAUGAGUGCACAUUGGAAGAUGCUGUUUGUCGGAAAAAUGAAGAGUGCAGAAACACCAUUGGUUCAUAUAAUUGUGUUCUGAAAUGUGGAAUUGGAUUUAGAGCUUCUGCUAAUGGUAUAGACUGUAAAGAUAUUAAUGAGUGCCAAGAGUCAAGUCCGUGUCACCAGCGUUGCUUCAAUAGCAUUGGGAGCUAUCAUUGCGGAUGUGAUCCAGGCUUCCAUUUGAAAGGGAGAAGAUGUUUUGACCUGAAUGAAUGCCGUCAAAGUGUCUGCAGACCAGACCAACUGUGCAAGAACACACGUGGAAGUUAUAAGUGCAUCGAUAUAUGUCCAAGUGGACUUACAAAAUCAGAAAAUGGAUCAUGUGUUGAUAUUAAUGAGUGCAGAGAGACCACACAUCGCUGUAGAAAUAAUCAAAUAUGUGAAAACACACAUGGGAGUUAUACUUGUGUUUGUCCACGUGGGUUCAGGUCUGAAGGUCCUGGGAAGCCUUGUGUAGACAUCAAUGAAUGUGACAAUCAAGAUGUCUGCCAACAUGAGUGUAGAAACAUUCUUGGAAGUUAUCAGUGUGUCUGCCCUCCGGGUUAUCAACUCAUGCCCAAUGGAAAGUCGUGUCAAGAUAUUGAUGAAUGUCUCCUACAAAAUAUCCAAUGUGGGGUGAACCAGAUGUGCUUCAACAUGCGAGGAAGUCACCAAUGCAUCGAUACCCCCUGCCCUCCGCACUACCUGCGGGACUCCUCUUCUGGGUAUUGUUUGAAGAACUGUGCCCCCAAUGAUUUGGAGUGCGCCCUCAGCCCAUACGCACUGCAGUACAAACUGGUCUCUCUUCCAUUUGGCAUCGCUGCCAACCAAGACUUGAUCCGCCUGGUGGCAUACACGCAGGAUGGAAUACUUCACCCAAGGACAACAUUCCUUAUACUUGAUGAAGACCCCACGUUACCAUUCUCUAUAAGGGAAGAAAAUAUGAAAGGAGUGGUCUUCACCAACAGACCCCUUAAAGAGCCGGAAACCUACAGAAUGAAAGUGAAAGCGUUAUCGUACAGUAUGGAGCGAAGCAUCGAGUAUCAGACCACCUUCAUUGUUUAUAUUUCUGUGUCUCCCUAUCCCUACUAAGCCGACUCUGGUCUCCAGUCAUGGUUUUCUUGCUUUCUGUAAUUUAAUACUUGAAAGAUAUUACAAU